UGCACACGGUGACUGACAGAGAGGUGAUCCGGACGAUCCUCGCUCGUUAAGCGUUCCUGUGAGAAUCAGACAGAGCGAGAGACAGAAGGCAGCGGCUGCUAGAAUGAGACUGCGGGAAUGAUGCUGAUGCUUCCAUGAUUUGGAUUAUGUUUCCCACACUGUAAUUCUAACAAAUAAAAGGUUGCUGAAAACACCAGCUCUGGACCUUGUCCCCCCAGGGGAUGCUGGGUGUGUUGGUUUCACACCUGCCUGAGCUCCGUGGGAAGAGGGUCAGGUCCUUCCCGCCACGUGACUCAGAAAGGCAGCAGCAUGUCGUCUUUUGGAAAACUAACAGAGUAUUUCAGUCUAAGAAAGUCGCGGGAAGAUAUCCGGCCAGGACGCAGCACUGGAAAAAGAAGUGGGAGUUAUUGCUGCACAGUCACGCAGUCCAGGUCACUGGAUAGAAAGCUGCAGAGACCUGUUUUGGGGAAGUCCCUGACCCUUCCCAGCAUUCCUCAGUCCCCAGUCCUGACCAGGGUACCACAGCUCCAGGAGAGCCUCCCUCGACUUCCUCAGACAUGCUCCUCCUCUUCAGACAACGUAAUAUCUUGCAAACUGCCCCCUGCUGUGGACUCAUGUCAGCCAGGAGAUCGACGACUAACUACAGGUGGAUUGACCCAGAGGCCUAUAUCCUCUCCGGAAGAACCUCGCCUCACACAUCAGCGCUCUUUCAACAUGAGAAAAAGCAUCUCUGUAGACAACCACCUCAGUACCUGUCACUACCCACUGCACCCGCCGGAUCCUCAGGGUCAGAGAGUCAAGAGCAAGCUCAGGAGACAGUUUAGUUUGGGGUCAGCGGACCGGAAAGAAUUUCAAACACCGAGGUCCCUUGGUGGUCUUUCAAAGUUCACUCAUCGUUUGUCCUUGAAAGAAAGGUCAGAGAAAAGAAACGAUGCUCCGUUGGCACCUUUGGAGCAGCCUGUGUUCCGACAAAGAUCACUGAGCAUUGAAUGGUCUUCAUCACCAAAGAUGACGCAACAGAUGAGGGACCUCCAGCUGGGACCGACCAAGAAGCCGCCAGGCCCAUCUUCACCAAAUGCUGCCAAAAGACUCUACAGAAACUUAUCUGGAAAGUUCCGUGUCAACUAUACAUCUUUUGAUGAAGGCAGCUUAGCGGCACGGAAUGAAAAGGAGCGGCUGCGGAAAUCAUGUCUUUUUCAGGGGAAUGCUGCUCUCUUUGAGGCAGUGGAGAUGCAAAAUCUUGAUCGAGUGCAGGAAUUACUUAAGCAAUACAGUGUGGAAGAGCUGGAUCUCAACACCCCGAACAGCGAGGGACUCUUACCCCUUGACAUCGCUAUUAUGACAAACAAUGCCCCUAUUGCAAAGACACUGCUGCAUUCCGGUGCAAAAGAGAGCCCACACUUCAUGAGCUUGGAAAGCCGCUCACUUCACCUGUCUACACUGGUCCGAGAGGCUGAGCAAAGAGUGAAUGACCUCACAGCCCAAGUUGUAAAUGAAGCACCAAACGCAGACUGCACUGAAAAAGAAAAACAGCUCAAAUCCUGGGAAUGGCGCUAUCGGCUUUACAAGCGUAUGAAAGCUGGGUUUGAGCAUGCACGGGUUCCAGAUGCCCCAACGAACGUCUGCCUGGCUGUCACCAGUAGCACUACUUUACAGGUCUCUUUCCAGGAGCCACUGAGUGUAAAUUCAGCUGUGGUCACAAAGUACAAAGUGGAAUGGAGUCUCUCCUCAUCUUUCUCUCCGAAUGUGGGAGAAGUGGUUAUUGAAAAGCUGAGAAAUCUGCACUUCAACAUCAGAGGACUUAUUUCAGGCACUAUGUAUUAUGUACAAGUAUCUGCUUACAAUAUGAAAGGUUGGGGACCCCCACAGACUUCACUUCCCGCUUUUGCUAUUCCUUCAAACUGGCGAGAAUACGAUGGAAGAGCUCCAAGAAGGAGAGGUCAGGCAGAAGCUCUGGAUCUUCUACUUGGCCAAGUGAAGACUGGACAUCAGCAAUGCGUAUGCCACGAACCAUUCAAAAAUCAAUCACAGAGUAGAAAACACUCAGUCUCCAAGAGCCUGAAACACCUCUUCCAUCCCAGCAGCAAGUUCCUGAAAGGCCUAAAAAGGGGUCUUUACCUUGCAUCAAUAUUUUAUAAGGAUGACAAUAUUCUGGUCACUCACGAAGAUCAGAUUCCAGUGGUGGAAAUAGAUGACUCCUACUCCUGUCUGCUCAUGCAGGACUUCUUGUGGUUUACCAAGUUGUCGUGCAUGUGGGAUGACAUUCUGUGGCUCAGGCAAUGUGUCACUGUAUCACAGUCCUCCUGCUCCUGCAUACUGCAGACCCGCUUCAAGAUGCUGCUAGCUGUGUCCCAAAUGCAGGGUCUACUAGGACUGCAAGAGCUGGGGCAGGUUUUCUUUGAGCCUAUUAAGGACAAGCAGGGAAACAUCCUGAUUGUGACUCUGAAGGAGGUGAAACUGAGCCAGACUUUGGAGAACGUACGUUGGAUGCCGGUGUUCAAACUGCAGACUCACAGGAAGUCUGUCUCAUCACCGGACGAGCCCAACGCUCUGGACGUCCUGCUGAUGACACUGCAUGAGAAAUUAGCAUAUCACAGAAGAAGCAGCCAGCCUCUUCCUCCUGGCCUUUACUUAGGGUACCUGAAGCUUAGCAGUGCAGUGGAUCAGAUUCGAGUACUGGUACCAGAAAGAUUACCCAACAUUCUUUGCCAUGUGAAGAUUCGGGCCAAUUCAAACAUAUCAAGGGAAGAAUGGGAGUGGAUUCAGACUUUGGACAACAUAGAGGAGUCAGUUACCAAUGAGCAGGACUCCGAAAGCUCCCAAACCCUGCUGCUACAAGAGAUUAAGACUGCUGUGAAAGAGCUAACGGGCCAAGUCAAUAUCCCGCUUCAUGAGGCGAAGGAUUUCCGCUUGUACAGUCAGGAGGUCCUCGAGUUUGGAGGUCAGGUCUCCUUUCUACUGUUGCUUCCUCCAUCUGAUGACGUGUGCACAGCUCCGGGCCAGAAUAAUCCCUACACGCCAUACUCUGGCUUCCUCACACUGCCCCUACAAAUUUUCGAGCUUGUUAAUUUUUUUACUUAUGAUCGUGAAUUCAUCAGUCAGUAUUGUCAUGUCUCCUCUUUACUGGAGUUGGAGUCUCUACUUUCACAGCAGAGUCUAAGGGAGGCCUUCUCUGACUCUGAACUUACCACAGCCAAGCAGCGGCACCAGCAGAUCCAGGACUAUAUACAGCAAAUGGAAGAGAUCUGGAGAGAGAUGCGAUGGCUGAUGGAUGCCCUUCAACACGCCAGAUACAAACAACCUUCGUGUGCUGUACCCCUCACUUGGUUCCUUGACAAACCUGGAGAAGUGUACCUCAAAGAGAAGCCUUCAUCUACUUCAUCACAUUUGGACUAUAUUCCAUCUCCUAAUGCCUCCCCUGAAACCAGCCGUAAACUCAAUGUUGAUCUCCUUUCUGCUCAUUACUCUGAUAAUGAACUAAUAGAUGUGAAGUUCCCAAACCAGUCUUCCCCUCUUCUAGAUUUACAUGGUGUAUCAGAUGAAGAGGGUUCCUCUGAAGUCUUCCUGGCUACUGAUAGCGACUAUGAUUCCAGUAGAGCCCAGAGCCCCAAAGAAUUGGACCUGGUCUAUCCCUCGGGACAGGAGUGUGGUAGGAGAACCAUCCGCAGCUUCAGAGAUGGAACGCCUGAUGUUCUGCAGACUCAUGAGUCUAAAGUGUUGCCUCAGGAAGAUGAACGCUUGCCACAACUUUAUGAUAGUGACUUUGUGCUUCCAAGCCGCCAGAUUGAGCUGUUGCGCAUUACGGAAAAGCGGCAAGCUUACUGCAUUCGUACUAGUAGCCUGGAUUUUCCUAAACAGCCUUACAAGGCCUCUCGAAAAUCCUGCCCAGGCUCAGUUGAUAGCUCUCCAACAGAAACAAACUCAGGUCAUCGCAGUGCUCGAGGCCUGAGGACAAGCACUUCUUUUAGCCCAGACCAUGAUCUACCAUGUGAACGUUCAGGGCGGAUUUAUCGCACACACUCUGUUGAGUGGUCACAUGACUUCCAAGAGCCUUUGGAACCGAGAUUUGUAACAGGUCAAGGAAAAAGGAAUAGCUCUGUAACUCUACGGAUAUUUCCAAAAUACGAGACUGGUCUCUCUAAAGAGAUGAGUGUAAAGUUACAUAUAACAAGCAAAACACCUGCCCAGGAAGUGGUUAAACUGGUGGUCCUCCAAAUGAACGAGAUCUCCAGGAGCAUGCUUGGUACCACAGAGGCAUACUGCUAUGAUGAAGACCAAUUGGAGCACUUUGCACUGGUUUUUACUUCCGAUAACAAUAAGGAACAGUGGCUGGCCGAUGAGUUUCUGCCUUUUUCACUCCACACAGCAUGGAACAAGGGUCACUUCUCUGUCCGAAUCAGAGAGACCUCUCCUCUGCUUUUCCAGUAUGGUCCAGCAACAACGGUAUGAGCAUUUGUGCCUAGGGCAUGGGAAUAAAGACACAAUCUUCCAAGGGAUGUCUAGUUCAACAACAAUGCUUCCUUCCUUCAAAUAAAGCAUUCCCCUUGUACAGAAAUUUUAGCUACGAUUAAAAUAUGACUUAGAAUAUUGUUGUUAUUUUUUUUUUUUUGUCAACCAAAGACUUAAUGUUCCUGACUACAAAAAGAGAUUAUAUUGGUACAUGAGGAAGCAAGUCUCUGUUACCACAACUUGUUCAGGAGAAAGGAAUUUGCAAGAGAGUAUUUUUAGAAGAACAACAUAAAAAUAUACCACUCACAGAAAAGAAGCAAUACAUAUUUCUCCUCCCCCCUCCACCCUUUUCAGUGCAACAUUUGGGUCUUUAUUGAUGUACAAACCACAGAGACUUAAUGGGAUAUUGAAUUCCCGACCCUCCCGUAUGUAUUCGGAGAGAAAGAAAAAAAAAAAUGUUACAAUAAUAACCACAAGAAACAUUUAUUUAAAGAAAAAUAAUGAAAUAUUGUUUUAUUGUGCUUAUUUCACAGAAUACAUAAAAAUAUUUUAUUGCACAAUAUUUUUUUUUAAGAAAAAAAAAAUAAGUGCCAGAAACAUUGUAACUGUAAAUGUUGCAGACUCUCCUUAUCUAUGCUCCCAUUUUAAACAAAAUGGCUCUCACAAAGCACACAUGAACUUAUUAUUUUUUACAUUUUGUUAAUAGUUUCCCCAGAUUGACAUGCAGUCAGUGCCAUGGCUGAAUUUUCUAUGUUUUAGUGGUUGUGAUUCGGCCUGCCUAUGUUGAACCGCAUGAUGUUUCCGAGUAUGCCUCUUGUUAGUUAAUGGGUAUAUUGAAAUCUUUUGUGGUCCACAGUACAGAUUGGUUGUUCUUCUGUGAGACUUUAUAUGUGCUCACUUCUCAAACUGUACCAUAACAAGAUCUAACACGAGCACACUAGCUCUUUCAAUUAUUUGUAUAUUCAUGUUGGGGAAAAAAGUGUUAUACUUAUGCAUUUAUUGAGUUAAUAUUUGUCUCUACCUCGUAUGCCCGUACCUUUUAUUUUUCCUCCUCAUCUGUUUCCUUUUUGGUUUUCAUGAGCCAGACAAAAAAAGAAUCAUAUCAAAAUUUGCUGUUUUUAUUUUCUGUAGUAAUAAAGACACUACACAGUGAUGAAAAAAUAUAAAGCACCGGUGCUAUGAUUGUAAAAAUAUUAAAUACUUUUUUAUUACAA